AUGAAUUUGGUCCAAGGUCCUGAUGAGUCUGUUGUCGAGUCUGUUGUGAAGGAGAGGAGGAAAUGGUCUCCGAAAGAGGAUAAAAUCCUUAUUGGUGCUUGGCUUAACACCAGUAAAGAUGCGGUGGUGAGCAAUGAGCAGAAAGCUGGUGCAUUCUGGAGGAGGAUUGUAGACUACUACAACGCAAGCCCUCAGCUGGUUGGGACAAUACCUAGAGAGGUUGGUCAGUGCAAGCAAAGAUGGGCUAGUAUUAACGAGCAAGUGUCCAAGUUCGUUGGAUGCUAUGAUGCGGCUCUGAGGGAGCAGAGAAGUGAAUACCUAAAAAUGUCAUCAUCUUCGUCCGAUGAAGUCGAAGAAAGAUUGAACGAAAUUUUCGACGAUAUCUUGGAAGAUACAUACAACGACAUAGUGGAGGCCAAAACCAGUAAGCAAAGGAAACAGGCUUAUAUAGAACGAAACCGUGAAGCGGGACACAACCGCUUAUGGGAUGACUACUUCACUGAAGAUUCGACAUUCUCGACACAUUUAUUCAGACGCCGUUUCCGCAUGAAUAAGGAUUUAUUCUUGCGUCUUGUCCAUGGCCUCUCAGAGAACGUUCCAUUCUUUCGACAACGAAGAGAUGUAACCGGGAGGUUUGGUCUUUCUCCACUACAAAAAUGUACACCAGCUAUUCGUCUGCUUGCUUAUGGUACUGCGGCUGACACGGUAGACGAAUAUCUCCGACUUGGUGAAAGCACGGCACUUUCGUGUUUACACCAUUUCACUGACGGAAUAAUACAGUUAUUUGGAGAUGAGUAUCUACGAAGAGCCACACCAGAGGAUCUUCAACGACUGCUCGAUAUGGGAGACAAACGCGGGUUUCCUGGGAUGGUAGGAAGCAUUGACUGUAUGCAUUGA